UGCUGCUAGUAUGACGUGUAAUCUAGUGGACGGAACGCUUCUUUCAACAGCAGCAAGUUAGUCAGCCAACUCGGUAGCUUGCUAGCCAAAAUAGCCGAACCAAUAAAGCUCUUUAGACGCUUUAGUGUAUAUUAGCCACUGUGUUUUAAACCCACUUCUGUCGUCUAGUUAGUUAUCCGAUUUAAUUUCAUAUUUACGGUGUUGUUGUUAUUAGUCAGCUAGCGGGCUGGUUAAGUUAGCAUUAUCAUAGCUAGCUAACAUCCCCGACCAUGAGUUCACUAAGCUACUCUCCUCCUGUUAAAGAAGAAGGGGUUUGCUGGACGGAGAAAGAUGCACUGGGGCUGAACAUUGUCGUGAAAGAGGAGGAGGAAGAAGUGUCUGUUAUCGUCCAAAACGAAGUUGGGGGUGAGGCUGUUACCGUGAAAGAAGAGGAAGACGCAUUCCGAGUGAAAGAAGAGGAGGAUGAGAAAGAGGAGGAUGCAGUGAAGGAGGAGAGAGAGAUAACUGUCACAUUGAAAGAGGAGAAGGAGGAACAAGAAGAGGAGGAGAGAGAAGAUCUGAUUAACACCAGAAAGAGAAGUGACUAUUUUGAAUCUUCUGGGGGGCCUCAACAACAUCAUGAAGCUGACGAGGCAGAGAAGAGUCUCUCCACAUCAGGACACCUCAAGAAACACCAUCAGAGACACACAGGGAAGAAAUCUCAUUGCUGCUCUCACUGUGGGAAACGUUGCAAAUCUUCAUCAGAACUUAAAAUACAUCAGCGAGUACACACAGGAGAGAAACCUUAUAGCUGUGAUCAAUGUGGGAAGAGUUUUACUCAUUCAAGUAAUCUGAAAACACACCAGCGGACACACACAGGAGAGAAGCUUCACCACUGUUCAGAUUGUGGGAAAAGCUUUUCAACAUCACAGACUUUGAAGCUACACCAGACAUCACACACAGGAGAGAAAUCUCAUAGCUGUGAUCUGUGUGGGAAAAGUUUUAGUCAAGCUGAUCAACUGAUUAUACACCAGCGAGUACACACAGGAGAGAAACCUUAUAGCUGUAAUCAGUGUGGGAAGCGUUUUACUCAGUCAAGCAGCCUGAAUAGACACCAGAGAACACACACAGGCGAGAAACCUUAUAGCUGUGAUCAAUGUGGGAAAAGCUUUGGUAGAACUUAUUAUCUGACUGAACAUAAGCAAACACACACAGGAGACAAACCUUACCACUGCUCUGACUGUGGGAAGAGCUUUGCUUCCCUAAGAAACCUGACACAACACCAGAGAACACACACAGGAGAGAAGCCUUAUAGCUGUGAUCAAUGUGACAAGAGAUACUCUCAUUCAAGUGGUCUGAUUAAACAUCAGAAAAUACAUGCAGAAGAUCCAACACCAGACCUGGGUAGUAGAACACAGAGUGUGGAAUGACUUCCAACACCAGACCUGUGUAGUAGAACACAGUAUUCAUCAUUCUAUAAGGUUUUUAUAUAGCACAUGCACAGAGCGUUCUACAUCGGACAUUUCUAAAAUGUGAAAAGGAGUUUGCUGGCGUGUGUG